GAUCCCGCACGUCAACCCCGCCUUGCACGGUGACCAGCAGCAGCCUCAAUCUUGCUUGCAAUUGCACUCAGGAACUCAACAUCUCAUCUUCAAUCAUGUUCAAGACGUUUGAUACUUCCCUCACGGAUUUCACGCCCGGGUACUGGGCCCUCGGCUGCCACGACUUCCCCGAAGAUUACCCCAACAGCACGAGCGUGAGGUGCGAAUCAACAGCAACAGCCGUAACAGGGAGGACAUUGAUAUCACCUGUGCUCAUAGCAGCUGCUGGAACCUCGGUUACAGUUGCCGGAUUCUUCUGGACGCUGAUCGCCAUCAUGGUCGCCGUGGCCUGAAGGGCGGUCGUUCAGGCGCUGGAGGGUUUUCCUCGUGGAGCAAGAAGAGCACAGGUUACGUGACCAUCAAAGGCAAGGAGAAAGACGUGAAUGCAGGAAUCUGUGAUAAAAGUCGGGUCUAAAAGCCAGGUACAAACACAUCAGUCCUCGAGCACCUGUUUACCUGGUGGAGAGCGAGACAGCUGCUUUAACAUUAGAAUUACUUGUAUGCGCUUGUAUGAUAAGUUACCGCUGUUAAACACUCUAUCUGUUGGGAAGAUAGAAAGUGCAGAGUAUAUUUGUAGUUCUUAGCGAAUAGGAAUGGUGGGAAAGUUUAGAUAAUAUAAAGGUUGAUGGGUCAGAUAUUUAUCGAAUUUCUUACGAAAAGUAAAAAAAAAAGUGAUAAUAAUAAAUACGAAUUAUUUGGCGGCGGCAACACCCAAUCACUGUGCCAGCGCUGUUUGUUGUUGUGUUGGAAGUCACCUGUUGUGUUGUCACGAAGUUAUGCGUCUUUCCGUUCGUCGGCUCUAUGUAUUCCAAUGUUUCCAUAAAAAUUCAGUCUUUAUACUUGUUAAUCUUUAAGAAAUGUAUGUAAAUAUAUAUAAACACACAAGAACUAAGGACCUAGCAGAAAGGGAAAAGAAAAUAAGACCUUGCCCUUUCAUGAAAAAACGCGGGUUCUUGGACUGAAGAGCGGUUGUCUGCAACUUCUCUCGCAGGAAGAAAAAAAGAAAAGAAAAAAAAAAAACUCACAAACCUCAUUUUAACUCAAGACUGCAAACGAGUACCUGGCUUCGCUGGGAUGAACUUCACUGCAGCCCUGAAGCACAGUGGCUCUGUGCGCGGGGUAUAUGGAUUAUUCCACUGCAAGCUCAAAGGCCUACUAGAUGUUGGAGGUACAACACUAAAGGUAAUUUUUGUCCCCUUUUCCACAACGCCUCUUGUACCCCCUCCCCCGACCUCCGCCCCUCCUUGUCAUCCCCGCCCCCUUUAUAUAUAUAUACUCUCACCCCUUAUAUACAUGUAUGUUCUUGUAAAGUUGGAAAUAAAAAUUACUGUUACAAUUACCAUUAU